AAACAUGCAAAAUGCGUUUCGUCGGUUUCCGUGGUUCACCAACGUCUCAAUGUACGGCUGCCUGUUCGCCGGCGGGGACUUUGUCCACCAGUGGUUCUCGCGCACGGACAAAAUGGACUGGACUCACACCCGGAACGUCGCCGUGGUCGCUUUCAGUUUCCAUGGCAACUUCAAUUUCUUCUGGAUGCGCCUGCUGGAGCGGAAGUUUCCGGGCAACUCCGCCGCGAUGGUGAUGAAGAAGCUGCUGCUGGACCAGACCACAGCAGCGCCGCUGGCGACCAGUGUUUUCUACACAGGUGUCAGUCUCCUGGAGGGAAAAGAGGACAUCUUUGAAGACUGGAGAGCAAAAUUCCUCAAUACAUACAAGACGGGGCUGAUGUUCUGGCCAUUCAUGCAGCUUCUGAACUUUGCCCUGGUGCCUCUGUAUGUGCGGACUACUUUCACCGGCUGCUGUGCCUUCGUCUGGGCCAUCUUCCUGUGCUUCUCACAACAGAGCGGCGACGGCACGGCCGCGGCCGCUCUGGCCUGGAUCCUCUCCCCGAAAGAGAAAGAAUGUGAACGCUCAGAGGAGAAAGCAGACGCUGAGGUCACGGUCGAGGCUCUCAAAGGUGGAACAGAAGCACCUAAAUCUACACAGAACUGAAAACUACUGAUUUUAAUGGAGAAGUGCUUUGACUGUUAUCCGCAGCGCCUCAUCUCUGACAGCUGCCGACUCUGGUUCCAGCUCACGUUCUGGUACAAGAAGUGCCAAAUACACAGGCUCAUAGCUUAAAUACCAUUAAUCACAUGUAUUACGACAGAAAUGGGUUUAUUAUUAGGUUUGUGUGUUUUUUUUAAAUGCAUAAGGGCCACAAUGCACCUUGUCUCCCACAUUUUUACAUCAAUUGACAUUUAAAUAUUGUGGUACGUGUGUCUGAGACAUUCGUUUACUUGACCGUGCAACUGGUUCCUGCCUGAUAUUUUAUGUCAAUGUGAUACUGUGAAGGGAUCGCUCUCUCAUUUUUUUUUUUUUAAUAACAGUUUGCUGCUAAAAACAAAACAAAACAUUGCUUUACAGUUUUACUGCUGUGUGAAAGUGUGACAUUAUAGAUUUUAUGGUGACUCUUGAAAUGUAACAGCUGCCUCCAACAAGGGCUUAAAAAAUGGAGGUCGAGUUUAGCUCAGUGCAUAUAAACUUCUGUCUUCUCUUCUCAGGUAGAUCAUUAACAUUCAAACAUUUUUCACCUGAAAUGCAUUUAUUAUAGUUUUACUGUGUUAAUAACACAUCACUGUUUGUUCACACACUUUCAAGUACAGUAACUUAAUAUUAUCGAGUUUCUCUUUCUUGUUAAUUGACUGCCUGUUUAUUUUCGUCUGCUGUAGAGAUUGUAAAUGAAAGGUCAAUUCAAUAAUAAUUAUUGAUUUUGUUCACAUUAGAUUGACUAUGUAACGUGUAACUCAACAGAGAAUGUCUACUGCUUCCAAAGUCAAGUUUGACAGGUUUUUGAUAUCACAUUUGAGCCCAUUUUGCAUGAAAGUUACAUUAAUUGUAAUUGUUAAAACAAAUUUGACAUAAUUUAUUGUUGAAUAAAUUGAAAAAAGAA